AUGCAAAAUGAAAGCAUGGAUAGCGAAGAUCGAUUUUAUGCACAAGAGGGUGAUCUUAUAGGUACAAACUAUCGAGUUAUCGGAAUGGUUGGCGAAGGCACUUUCUCCAACGUUUAUAAAUGCGUUAAUAUUCAAACACAAGCAACAGUCGUAAUAAAGAUAUGUCGAUCAAGCAAAGCUUUUGACGAAGCUGCCGAUAACGAAAUAGAUUUCAUGCAUUUCCUCCGACGCAUUGAUCCAUUUGGGACGUAUUUUGUAAAAUUUAUUGAAUCUUUUCAAUUCCAGCAUCAUGAAUGUAUUGUGCUCGAAAAGCUUGGAUUAUCAUUAUACGAAAAUUUAAGAUAUCUAAAAUAUAAACCUUUUAAUACAAAUAUAGUUCGACAAUUAAUGAGACAAAUUAUUGGAGCUGUGGAUCUCCUUCAUAGAAAUGAGAAAAUACAUACCGAUUUAAAGCUUGAAAAUAUUCUCCUUACUGGAAAUCUAAUUGACCGAGAUGGGAUUGACAUUAAGACUAAUAGGAACGGGGCUUAUGUUAAAUUAGUUGAUUUUGGCUCAAUAGAUACAGGAAAAGUCUGGCAUACUCAUCUAGCGACUACGAGGCAUUAUCGAGCUCCAGAGAUCCUCCUCGGACUCAAAUGGGGUUACGAGGCUGAUAUCUGGAGCCUUGGAUGCAUUCUCGUUGAGCUUGCGAUCGGAAAUAUUCCGUUUGAUAGCAGAGAUACUCUUGAACACCUUUUUUUGAUACAAUACGUCAUCGGAAAGAUUCCGUAUGAUAUGUGGGAUAGAUGUACAGAUAGAGAGAUUGUAAGUAGAGUAAGAUAUGGAAAAUUAAGCAGUGACGUUGUUUUUGAAGAGAAUAGACAGGCGUUUUUAGCUAAGCCGCCCCUUCGUGAGAUUCUUGGUUAUAAUCACGACAUCGCGGACUUGGCCUGUUACAUUUUGAGACCAGAUCCAAGAAAUCGACCAAAAGCAUCUGAAAUUUUACGUCACCCGUUUUUCCGUAACUGA